AACCCAUCCUCUACUUUGGUGGCGUCGAGUACCCUGUGGACGAGAGCAUAGGCUCUGUGGACGUGCGGGUGUGGAGAGCCGGCACUGACCUGUCCCAGGCUUCUAGCGUCACCGUGAGGUCUCAGAAGACAGAGCCUCCCUCUGCCGAUGCUGGAACAGACUAUGUGGGAAUCAGUCGUAAUUUAGAUUUUGCACCUGGAGUCAACAUGCAGACUGUUCGUGUUAUCGUUCUGGAUGAUCUUGGACAACCGGUGCUGGAGGGAAUUGAGAAAUUUGAACUUGUGCUUCGAAUGCCUAUGAAUGCUGCCCUUGGUGAUCCCAGCAAAGCCACGGUGGCCAUAAACGAUUCUGUCUCAGAUUUGCCCAAGAUGCAGUUCAAAGAACGAGUAUACACUGGCAAUGAAAAUGAUGGGCAGAUAGUUGUCAUGAUCCACAGGAGUGGAGACAUCCAGUACAGGUCUUCGGUGAGAUGCUAUACGCGACAGGGGUCUGCACAAGUGAUGAUGGACUUUGAAGAACGCCCAAACACUGAUAUCUCCACCAUCACCUUCCUCCCUGGUGAGACUGAAAAGCCUUGUAUCCUUGAGCUGAUGGAUGACGUACUAUACGAAGAGAUAGAGGAGCUCCGUCUGGUUCUUGGCACUCCACAAAGCAACUCCCCUUUUGGAGCUGUGGUUGGUGAACAAAAUGAAACUCUGAUAAGGAUCAGAGAUGAUGCUGAUAAGACAAUUAUUAAAUUUGGAGAAACCAAAUUUAGCGUCAGUGAACCCAAAGAACCAGGACAGUCGGUGGUUAUAAAAAUUCCAGUGAUUCGCCAAGGAGACACUUCAAAGGUUUCCGUUGUGAGGGUUCACACCAAGGACGGUUCAGCCACGUCUGGAAAGGACUAUCACCCUGUGUCGGAAGAAAUUGAGUUUAAGGAGGGAGAAAUCCAGCACAUUGUUGAAAUUGAAGUAAUAUUCGAUGGGGUAAGAGAGAUGAGAGAGGCCUUCACUGUCCACCUAAAACCCGAUGAAAAUAUGAUAGCAGAGACGCAG